AACGACAACGACAACGACAACGACGACGAUGACGAUGACGACGACUACGGCCCUCCCCCGCCACCGCCUCAAACAGACCACCUCACCCGCUCUAUGGCAACAUCAUCAUCCUCAACACCAUCAGCGUCAAGGAUCCCCACCCCAGCCGCAGCCACAGCCCCGGGCCCAACAAUCCCAACACAAGCGGACCUCUCCCUCCGCGACGAAGCGCUAGCCGUCUUACGGGAAUCCGAGCUGACGGCCCUCCGCCUCGCGCGGCGCGCCCACCGGCAAGAACAAAAGGCGCUGCUGGACGAAGCCCUCCCGCCGCGGGCAGACGCCGGCACGCGCGAGCGGCGGCUCGAGAAGCGGAGGGAGGUCAACGAGAAGAUGCGUGGGUUCCGCGAGAAGUCGCCCGGGGGGCCGGUCGGGGACGUGCCCGAGGGCGAGCUGCUGGGCGGCGGGGCCACGGCGGAGGAGGAGUAUCGCGCGAUUGUCAGGGCGAGGGCGGAGAAGAGGAAGGAGCGGGUGAGCCGGCGGGAAGAGGCGGAGCGGGCGAGAAUGGCGGAGCGGGAGGAGCGGGUGAGGGCUUACCGCGAGAGGGAGGCCAGGGUGGUGGAGGGGUUGAGGGAGUUGGCUAGGCAGCGGUUUGGGAUUUGAGGGGGCUUUUUGUAGUCGGGAGAUAGAUACCUACCUUAAGUAGGUGGGUAGAUAACUUGCUCGUGACCAUGUUUCGGCUGACCGGUGAGUCAAAGGCAGGCUACUAGUCAACUAGGUGCCUUAGUCAUUCGUACGAUGCUCGUCCAAAUAUGAGCAAAGCCUGAGCA